AUGAUUACGGGGUAUGACUUCCUGGUCAAGCUGCUCAUCAUCGGCAAUAGCGGAGUCGGCAAGACCAACCUCCUUCUCCGCUUCUGCGAGGAUAGCUUCCAGACUUCCCACCUCUCCACCUCGGUACGCUUUGCGAUAUCUAUAGGCAUCGAUUUCAAAACUAAAUCCGUUAGUAUGGGCAACGCGAGGGUGAAAUUGCAGAUCUGGGACACGGCUGGCCAGGAGAGGUUUAAGACCAUCACGCAGACUUACUACAGAGGAGCCAUGGGGAUCGUGCUCACCUAUGCCAUUGACGAUCGAGCUUCCUUCAACGAUAUGAGAAUUGGGUGAAACAGAUCAAGAUGCAUGCGUCGGUGAUGUUGUGAAGUGUUGGUGGGGAAUAAGUGCGAUAGCGAAAAGCGUUAGGUGGCUUUGAAGGGCAAGAAGCUGGCAAAGUAGCUUGGAAUUCAAUUCUUCUAGACCAGCGCAAAGGAGAACAUCAACGUUAACGAAAUGUUCAUGAAGGUGGGGAUAUAG